AUGGAGGAAGGAUCAGCCUUGGGCAUCCUCGACCACUCUGUCAUUAAAAAAGGUAAGAGCUUCUUAGUGGCCGUGACCUUUCUGACACUGUUCAGCAGCGAUGCCAAGGGCGUCUUCUGCCAACAAAUUCAGCCUGACCGCGCAGACGGACUAAGCGGCUCUUCGCCGAGUGGGCGCCUCUCCCAGCUGUCCUCCCUGAACCAGGCCGCCUACUCCUCGGCUCCCCCGCUCUGCCACACUCCGGCCUCGGACUUCCAGCCUCCGUACUUCCCUCCCCCUUAUCCCCAGUCCUCCCUCCCUCCCUACUCCCAGAGCCAGGACUCGUAUUCCCACCUGUCAGACCCCUACACCUCCAUCAAUUCCAUCCAUCAGCAUCAGCAAGCGGCAUGGCACUCGCAGAGGUCGCGCUCCGACGAGGGGGGACUCCUGUCACAGUCACACCGGGCUCUGAGCCUCGACCCCCGGCGGGAGUACCCAGCUGUCCCUAGACUGCUGCACGGUCUCGGGGAAGGUGCUGCCGCUCUCGGGGAUGGUCCUCUCGGGAUGCACCUGGGACACCACGGCCUGGAGGAUCUUCAGCCUGAACCCUUGGACCGGGAUUUCCAGAGCAUGGUGGUGGUGGUGGUGGUGGUGGCUCUCAGGCUGGGUGUCAAGCUGCAGCUCAGGGGUUAA